GGUGUGGCAAGUUUGACUCAGAAAAUAUCCAUACAAACGCAUGCACCGGAUGAAGUAGACUCUGUUCAGACUAGAGUGUCUGUUAUACAAGAUACAGCUGCCCAGUGGGGUCAAAAACUAGACAAACUAGUAGCCAACUGGGUUGACUUUGAUAAGAAUGUCCAGCAUUUAGAGAAUUGGGUCGUCAAAAGCGAAGAAGCUUUAAAUGCCAAACCUGUUAAUGUAAAAACUCCCAAUGUAGACAAGUUGGAGAAAGAAUUAGCCAAACUGAAAGCUUUUAACAACGAAAUUUCAGAACAGCAAGCAAAACUCAUUUCAUUGACACAAAGUUCAGAUAGCAUCAGCUACAAUAUAAGCCCAGAGGGAGCUGCGCUGGUAAAAGAUCAAGUGCAAGAGCUCAAAGGCCAGGUUGCUAAAUUAGCCGAUAGUACUAGAGCCAAAAUCAAUGAAAUAUCAGAUGCUAUUUUGAUGAAGCAUGAUUUCCAGACUAAAGUAGCUGACUACGGCAAUUGGAUGGAAUCGAUGAAAGCCAAUAUAGCUCAAUUGGAUGAAGUACCAGCUGAAAAGGUUGACACCAGCAUAAUGAAUAUACAUACAUUACUACAAGAAUAUUCCGAUAAACAACCUUUGUUUAACACCAUAUACAGUGAGAUUAAAGAAAUCUCAUUACAGUCGCCACAAAAAGCAGUAGAACCUAUAGCACAAGAGUAUUCCACUUUAGUACAGCAAAACCAAGACAUUCAGCAUACAUUACAAGAAAAGAUGACUCAGCUGCAAAAAUGGAGCGAGCUUCUCAACUGGCAUACGGAUACCAUGAAUCAGCUAUCGCAUAUUAAAUAUCAAGUUGAUGCAGAAAAACUAAGCCCAGAAGAGCUGAAGAAACUUAUUUCAGAAACUGACACGGUUUUAGAAAAACUGAUAACAUGGAAGGAGGCAGCUCAAGAUAUAAACAAAAGUAACAUUACUAUUCUAGAUAAGCAGUCUGGUUUGCCCAGAACUGCAGAAAAUGUCGUACGAGAAAUAGAAGUGAACACUAUAAACCUCAAAGGACCAACUAGCAAAUAAAGUAGAUGCGCUGCAAACACUAAUGGAACAGCGUAAUCAAUACACUUCACUGCAACAGGAUGCUAUCUCAGAUUUGGACAAGACGAAAGCUCAACUUGCAGCUAUUAUGAGCGAAGUGAAACACUCCAGCGAUCUUCCGAAAGCAGUCGAAAACUUAAACAACCUCUUGGAAGAACAAGCUGCUAAAUCUGUUGUAAAGAACCAACUUCACACCGAAGCCAUGCAAUUAAUGAAGAAGGACAUACAGAAUGUUUCUGCGAUACAGAACUCACUAAGUGCGAUCGAACGUAUGUUUGGAAAAGUGAACGAUGAUAUUCGGGAAGAUCACUUAAAAUUGUCAGAUAUUAUAUACGCUUGGAAUGACUUCCAGGAAUCUAAAGACAGAAUUGUUACUGAUAUAGGAAAAAUUGAUAAAAGCGUGGAGCACUUGGAAGUUCCAAACGAUAUUUUCCAAGCUAGCUUAAAUUGUGAAAAGGCGAAGAAAGCUCUGGAAGCCAUAAAACGAUCAAAAGCAGCACUGGACAAGGCUGACCUUAAAGCACAGGCUGUUAUUAAAAAAGCAGAUAAUAUUCCUGGAAUUGAGUCAGAAGUUAGAAGAGAUUUAAAAAUAUUGAACGAUGCGUGGUCAAACAUAUACGAAAGAAUUCUGAAGAACGUGCAACAAACUGAGUCCCAAGCAGCAAUUUGGAAGCAUAUAGAAGACACCAAGACGACAUUGUUGCAGUGGUUGAGCGAACAAAACAACGAAAUCAUCAAAGCAGCCGAAAAACCUAACGAAAAGGAAUUAGCUGCUGCUAAAUUGAGUAAAUAUAGAGAAGAAUUGCCAGCGCAAUUGAGGUUAAACCAAAGCAUACCUCACAAAUACUCGCAACUGUUGAACUCUACAGACGGCAAAGAAAUCCCAACACUACAAUCUUUGGUGACACUGUUGAACGAAGGAUUUGCUACACUUGAAGAAAAUGCUAGACAGUUAGAAGCCCUAACUUCAACAUUUAAUGAAAACGAAAAAACUAUCAGGAAGAACAUCAAAGAUACUGGAAACAAAGUCUCAUCAUUAAGAGAAGAAAUAGUUAAAUGCGAAGAUUUAUCAGGAGAUAAUGCGAAGAUAUUGGAACGAUUACUGAAGAUUAGAAGCUUAAAGGAAGAUCUUAAGCACUACGAUGGUGAUAUUAAGCAUAUUGAACAAGAUAUACAAACAAUGAAAGCUAAUUAUCCGAAUUUUGAAAACACUUUAAGCAAGGAGCAACAAGCUUUGAAGAAAAGGUAUGAUACAACUGUUACUUACGCCGACAAAAUUGAACACGCUUUGUUAUCCUUCCUCAAGAAAUUCCACAACGAAAAAUAUGGUGCUUUGCAAAGAAUUAUUAACACACACAAGGAAAAAAUCCAGUGGUGUUUGCCUGAAGCAACAAGCGACAAAUACAACUUACAAGUAAAAUUAAACGCACUAGAGCCAAUUCAGGGUGUACUUGACGACUGCAAUAAACGUAAAGAUGAAUUGCAAGAAUCUAUAAAGGCUCUCGGACAAAUCGAGAAACCUGAAUCAGUUAAACUACAACAAGCUGAACUAGACCACUUACUUCUAGACCUAGACAACUUGCAGCAGCAAUAUGGUAGUACGAAAGACAUACUAGAAAGCAAUAUAGCUCUGCACGAUAAGUACGAGAAUCUUUCUGAGAGUGUUUCCAAUUGGUUGAAGGAAACAGAAACAGAGUAA